AUGGACCUGAGCAGCCUUGAAAAGGGAGCCUGGAGAAUGCCUACUCAUGCGGGCUCAACAGGAAAAGAAGGGGCCUUGAAUGCCAACUUGAUUGAACUGUACCCUUUCACUCAUUAUCCGUAUGCCUGCAAGACGAUAAUUCAUCUCCAAAGCACUAGCAGGAAUGGCUUACUUAUACUGUGUGGAAGGCUGAGGUCCAAGGCCAUUUUUGCUGGCUAUAAGUGGGGUCUCUGGAACCAGGAGGAGCACACAGCUCUUCUUAAAACUGAAGGUGUUUAUGCUGGAGAUGAAACUGAAUUCUAUCUAGGCAAGAGAUGUGCUUAUGUGUACAAGGCAAAGAACAACACAGUGACUCUUGGUGGCAAACCAAACAAAACCAGAGUAACCUGGGGAAAGGUAACUCGUGCUCAUGGAAACAGUGGCAUUGUUUAUGUCAAAUUCCAAAGCAGCCUUCUUGCUAAGGCCAUUAUACACAGAAUCCGUGUAAUGCUGUACCCCUCAGGGACUUAA